GGCGAGAGUGGCAAAGGGCGCAAGGCUCGUUUGCUUUUCCCUACACCCAAAACCCCAAUUUCCUCCCACCAGAGCACAAAGAAAGAAAUGAAUCAAUUCGCCCCUCAGCAAUCAUCGCUCGCCAUGGACUCAGGGGAGAGCUCGGCCGCCUCCAACGCCGCCCACGCGGCAAUGGCCGUCGACUACGCCCCCGAGGUCGCCGGCUGCGUUUCGUCCAUGGUCGACCUCGGCGGCGCCGCCGGCGUGGAGAGCCAGCGCCUGUUCCUGGCGCGCCGCACGGCGCUGGAGAUGCUGCGGGACCGCGGGUACAGCGUACCGGAGGACGAGAUCGCCCGCACCCUCCCGGAGUUCCGCGCGUGGUGGUCCGAGACGCCCGAGAUCGAGCGCCUCUCCUUUUCCACAACCCUCGCCUCCGACGAGUCCAACAAGGUGCGAAUUGUGUUCUGCCCACCUGAGCCCGUCAAAAUCGCAGCUAUCCGGGAGGUGUAUGUCCGAAUCAAAGAAGAGAACUUGUCUUGCCUGAUUCUGAUUUUGCAGAGCAAAAUAACAGCUAGAGCUAGGGAGUCUAUCAAGGAGAUGUUCAAAUUCAAAGUAGAUGUAUUCCAGAUCACAGAGUUACUGGUGAACAUUACUAAGCAUGUCCUGAAGCCCAAGCAUGAAGUGCUGACUGCAGAAGAAAAAGCGAAGCUCCUGAAGGAGUACAAUGUGGUGGAUUCACAGUUGCCUCGCAUGCUAGAGACCGAUGAAGUUGCUCGCUACUAUGGCCUUGGCAAGGGAACCGUGGUGAAAUUCACAUAUGACAGCGAGCUCACCGUUGACCAUGUGACAUACAGAUGUAUCUUCUGAUGGAUCCGUUUGGUUUCCAUGGGAUGAAGGUUGCUGUAGGCCAAUGUACUAGCCUACCGUGUUGUCUUCUGUUAGGCCUCGCGGCAAUGUAGUUAGAAAACUGUUCCCCAUCCUAAGCUAUCUGGUAGUCAGUUUCAGAUGUUUCUUAGAAAGUCUGGCACAAGUUUGUUUCCGUGGUCACCGCAUGUCUUUGAAAACUGAAAUGUGUCGUGGAUAGUCGCUCAAAUGUGAUUGUGGGGUUGUCACU